UUUUUUCGUUCACGCCAUGGACAGUUUGUCGUUGCUGGUGACAAGCAACGAACGCUUUUGCCUAAAACAGCUGUGAACACCUGAAAAAGUGUUGUUCAAAGAGCGUGUGUGAGUGUCCGAAAAAUUCCGCUGCUCAAAUAGCGAUUAAUCCAAAAAUGCUAGGAUUCCGAUUAGUUUUGGUGGCGGCGGUGGCCCUCGCGAGUGUAUUUCUAUUGAGCCAGGCCCAAGUGGCGCCCAAUCAUCAGAUUGAACAGCUGAAAAAACAAUUUAUGCCGGCUCAGUUUCGAAAUGCUAAUUUGACCGAAGAGGACCUGAAGAAAGUCUUCAAGGAAAAGUGCAAAAAAGCUACGGGAAUCGAUAACUCUACCCUGUAUCAGGAAGUGGAGAAGGGCAGUGUUUUGCUCGUUGCCUGUCUCUCUGGCCUGGCCAACCUCACAUCAUUGCAGCAAGAGAUCGAAGUGGCCCGACCACUGGGAGAGCUCGAUACCGUGUUCCACAAACAUUGCCAAAAAGCACCAGCGGCGGAAAAAUGUUUCCGCGAAUUCAAUACCGUCAUCCAACCGUGUCUGAGUCCAGAGGAGAAAUCUCAGAAUGCCGUUAUGAUGCGCAUCGUAUCGGGCCUGCUCAAAUUUAUGUGUGCCCGCGGAGGCGAUCAAAUUGCCCUCUUCGUGGCCGAAGAUGGUCCCGAAUGUCUGGAGGCCAACAAGGAGGCCAUAGCCCAUUGCGCGAACAAGUCCUUUGCCGAGUUCACACCCAAAAACAAAGUAACCGAUCUUUUCAACUUGCCCGACUUCACUUUGGAGCCCGAACACUGUGUGGACUUGGCCAAGUUCGAGGCAUGCACGUUGCACCACUUGGAGCAGUGCCAGGAGAUCACGCCGGCCAAUGUGGCCGAAUCGGUGUUUAAGUUUGUGAAGAACGAAACCAGCUGCAAGGCGUUCCUGGAGGGCAAAACCAAACCCAGAUCCAUUUUAAAGGAGCCGAGAAGUGCUGCCCCCUCCACGCAGAUCAGUGCUGGAGUUGCCCUCACGGCGCUCUUGUCCGCCGUGUACUCCAAGUACUUUGCAUGAGUCCCGUAAAUUAGUUCUUAAAAUCCGUUGUUAUGUGAUUCCUUCCAACGACCCAUUUGGGGUUGUUCGAUUGAUGUUGUUGUUGUUUUUGUUUCUGCUUUAUAUCGACUCUUUAGUAAAAGAAAAGUAUUUAUUAUCACCACCAGAA